CCUUGUGUCUUCUUGUCCUUGUAAGCCACUCGGGCCCUGUACGCCCCUAGGUGGCGGACGCAUUCGUGCUGUGCCUCUCGGAACUCGAUGCAUGUUCGCCGUCCGCUGAGGGUGCUCAACUUGGCACAGUCUCUCACGCGCUACUCGGAGGGUUUAAAGCUUCAAGACUCUAUCGCCGCAGACAGGAAGCAAGGACUGGUGGGAGACACGCUCGUGCUUUUGCAGCAUUUUCCAGUUUACACUCUCGGUAAGAGAGGACGACCAGAGGACUUCAAGCGGCCGCAGAAGGAGCUUGAAGCCGCGGGCGUGGAGGUGUGCGUGGUGCCGCGAGGAGGCGAGGUCACGUACCAUGGCCCGGGGCAGCUCGUGGCUUACCCGAUUAUCGGGGUGCGGGAGGCGGGCCUCGGCGCCCGCGCCUACGUUGAGAGUCUGGAGGACAGUGUAGUGGACUGCCUGGCGGGCUACGGUGUCACGGCGCGGGGGCGCGUGCCCGGAGCAACGGGCGUGUGGGUAGAGGAGCGCAAGGUGGCGGCCAUUGGCGUGCGCAUCACCUACGGUAUCAGCUCCCACGGCCUGGCGCUCAACGUGUGCACCGACCUGGCCGCCUUUGACGCCAUCGUGCCCUGCGGCAUCCCCGACAAGGAGGUCACAUCGCUGGAGCGGGAGCUGCAGCGACAGCUGCGGGGAAGCGGCAAAGAGCAACAGCCGGGGCAGGGGCAGCGGGGGCAGAGGCAGGCGGCUGUAGCAACAGGGUCGGAAGCCUCGGCAGGGGCACUUGAAAGAGGGACGGGAACGGCAAGUGCGCUUGCGGUGGCAGCGGCUGCAGCCGGUGGCGAUGGGGGCAGAGAGAGCGGUGGGGCUGCGCUGUUUGGGGCGGUGGUGGAGGACUUCGUGCGCGCUUUUUGCGGGCGCCUGGGCUUCGAACCGCGCGCUGCUUAGCUUAGACUGAAGGCCGGGAAGACCCUGGACGGGUCGUGUGCGGAUGCGGCGGCUGUUGCAGGUAAUGACGGACCGGAAUUGGCGGGGGAAUGGAAGAUGUAUAGAGUACAGAUGGACGAGUGUGAGGAACGUUGGAUCGGAGAGCUUGACAGUGGCAGCUGGCCGCGGGUGUGUCGAGUAAUGGAGAACAAGUAGGCCAUACCCGCUACUGCUGUUUGGGGGGCUUGCUGUGACAGGUGCACCCUAGAAAGCUAGGAGCCGAGGACGCCUGGCGGAAAGGCGUGUGAGGACAUAAGGGCAGGCAGGCAGGCACCGGGGGAGGGGUGAGGCGCUGCGGCGUUCAUGUUAUCGUCAAAAGCAUCGUCAAUAGUAUGCGAUAUCAGUACGGUGCCGGCGCUGUGUGCUAUUGCGUUGGAGUGCACAGGGGGAGGAACUUUGGUACUGGCGCUGUGUGUGCCACAACGCUAGCGGCCAACCGCAUGCACCGCGGUGCUUAAAGCAGAGGGAAGAAGGGGUAGGUUAAGUGUGGAUGCGACGACGCCGCUCACGCACUGCUUGGUUCGCAGCGUUCGUCUACCGUAUCUGCAUUCUGAUUAACAGUGAUGAUGUACUGCCUGGCGUGUCAAAGCUGCGUUCGUAUGGCUGGCGGCUCCACAGGCCCACUGCCCACACCAUAAUCUUUUUGCAGCCCUGAGCCUUGCGUCUUCCUGUUGUUUCCUUGUGCGUAUCCAACCUUAAGGUACCUCUGCAGACCUGUGAUGCUCCCCCCCUGGCGCUGCCUUGCACAGAGUUGCCCACCUUCACGUCAUUCGCCUGCAACCCAUCAUGUCAAGCAAGUAAACGGGUUCAUGUCUGGCAGCAUGUGCAGGGGGCACCAGAAACUCACCCACCAUCGCGCGCUCGACAUGGGGUCCGAGGCCCUGCAUGAGGGGCCACGACCGCUGGCCGGCACUGUGUGAAGCAUACUUACCUGGCCCGCUUCUCGAGGUGGUCACCAUGGCCUCGGUUGUGUGGUCGGUCUUCACCUUGCACUUUGUGAGGGCCCUCCGCAGUCGGCCCUUCGGGUGUCCGGCAGGGCUAAAUUUUUGUUAGGCUGAGGACCCGCGCUAUGCGCGGCCUCGGCUCCCAGUAAUGAAGUGCGGUUGUCUGUUGCAGGCGUCAUUAAUGCUGGAAGCGCCUGUAAUUACGACCAACGGACCUGCACCCUGUGCACAUGGCUUGACGCCCUGGCAUGGCCAAGAACAGGAACAGUUUCCCGGUGAUCGCGGGGGCUGCCGGCGUGCACAGGGCACCGCAAUUUGUAACCGGCCCCACUG